AGUCGGCGCGGUGUUGGCGGUGGGGGCGGUCGGUCGGUCCGUGCUGCGCUGCGGCCUGUGACGCGUGACGCACCGCUACGUGAGGGGACGGGCGCUGCCGCCGCGGGUUCCGCGCUCUCGGCCCAUCGAUCGCCGCCGCCCUCCAACCCCCCCCCCCCCCCCCCCCCCCCCCCAUAACAACAACCAGCGCCGCAUGAGGCUGACGGCGCACACGCAGCCUCCCGCCGCCCUCCGCCUCUUCUUCGUCCGCCUCCUCCCUUGAUGUGGUUCGUGGCCGGGCGGGGGACAAGAUGCCGCCGUCCAAAUCCCGUAAGAUCGCGAUCCUGGGCUACAGGAGCGUAGGAAAAUCUUCACUGACGAUUCAGUUUGUGGAAGGACAGUUUGUUGAUUCCUACGAUCCAACUAUAGAGAACACUUUUACAAAACUGAUCACAGUAAAUGGCCAAGAAUAUCACCUUCAGCUGGUUGACACUGCUGGCCAGGAUGAAUACUCCAUAUUUCCUCAGACAUACUCCAUAGACAUCAAUGGCUACAUUCUUGUUUAUUCAGUCACGUCAAUAAAAAGUUUUGAAGUGAUAAAAGUUAUCCAUGGCAAGUUAUUGGAUAUGGUGGGAAAAGUCCAAAUACCCAUUAUGCUGGUUGGAAAUAAAAAAGACCUGCAUAUGGAACGGGUGAUCAGCUAUGAAGAAGGGAAAGCUUUAGCAGAAUCCUGGAAUGCAGCUUUCUUGGAAUCUUCUGCUAAAGAAAAUCAGACCGCCGUCGAUGUUUUUAAGAGGAUAAUUUUGGAGGCAGAAAAAAUCGAUGGGGCAGCUUCACAAGGGAAGUCUUCAUGCUCAGUAAUGUAAUUCCACUGCAAAGCCUGAAAACAAUGGGAAUACAUUCUACCUGGAGAAGCAAAACUGCCCUUUAUCUUCAAGGAUAAAACUAUGCUUCUUUUUUUUUUUUGUUGGGUUUGUUUUUUUUUUUAAUUUUUUAAUUUUGUGGGGUUUUUUUGUUUGUUUUUUUUUUUUCCUUCUGUUAACCUGAGAGAUACACAGCUGGUUUGGAGCCUUUCCCUUCAGAUUAUGGUAAACUCUGACUCCUGUGCAAAUGGCUUCACUUCCAUCUUCAAAUUUUAAGCAAUCAUAUUUUCAAUUUAUAUCUUGUAUUUCUUAAUAUUAUGACCAAGAAUUUUACUGGCAUUAAUUUUUCAGUGUAGUUUGUUGGUUAGAAUAAUCAUCAAAAUGAUGCAUAUUGUUACACUACUAUUAACUAGGCUUGGAUAUCAGUGUUUCUUUGUGUUAAAUGUAUACUUGUAAAUAAAAUAGCUGCAAACCUU